UGUUUAUGUUUACAUACAUAUCAUGACUUGUGUUGAUAUCAAAUCACACAGCCAUGUUUAGCAUCAUUUAGCAUGGAGUAGUCACGUACAUAUUAAGUGCAAGGUAUUAGCAAGGACCAACAUUAACUACAUAAAAGACUGGAAUAGAUAUCAGUAACAUUUUUUGUUAUUUAAAAAUUAUACUUGUUCAAUGAAGUUUUUGUGGAAAAUAUUGAAUGUGAAUGAUAUUUGUGUAUAAUCAUCUGACGGUAAAUUUAGAAGAAUAGUGGUGUAAUCUUGAUGAACAUGGCAUCGGCAAUCGAAAUUUUAUGGAAACAAGCAUUAAAAACAUUUGAUGGACGAAGAAAUGUCGGAUUCAAACUUUGCCAAAAGAAUUUUGAUAAAUUGUGGAAUUUAAUGAAUAAAAUUACAGCCGAGGAUGUCAAUUUAAACAAACAAGUUCUUGAUUUUAUACAAAUACAAUCGGCACCAAUGUGUGUUAUUGAUAUAUUUGAAAAUAAAGAUUUGACUAUUUCAAUUUUUAUAUUGAAACAUGGAGUCACAAUGCCUAUGCAUGAUCAUCCUGGAAUGCAUGGCUUCUUGAAGGUAAUUAGUGGUGCAGUUCAAGUGAACAGUUAUACCUUGAAGACAAAUGAUGAUCACAUAAUCAAAUCAAAUAAAGAAAUAGAUGCAUUUAGACACCGACCAAUAUCUUUACACAAUAAUUCACCUGCUUGUGUUCUUACACCUCGGGAUAAAAAUUUGCAUGAAAUCUCAUGCAUCGAAGGUCCUGCUGCAUUCUUAGAUAUACUUAGUCCACCUUAUGAUGAAGAUGAUUCUGGAAAUGGUCCAAGACCAUGCACAUACUUCAAAACUAUUAGUUCUACGUCAUGCAUGGAUUUACCAGAUAUUGUCGAAGAAGUCAAAUUAUUAGCAUUUGAAGGACCACCAAACUUUGAUUCUGAAAGUCUUAAAUAUACAGGGCCACCUUUAAUGUGACGUGAAACAUCAAAGCACGUUCUAUGUUCAAUUUGUUAAAGAAAUGUACAUUUUACAGCAUUAAUUUACAAUUGAAGAAUAAUUUUAAGUGUACCAUAAGCUUUUAUGAUCAUUUGAUUCCUGAUCAAAUAUAUAUUCUUACUGUUUAUUUAUAA